GUCCGCUCGCAGCAGUACGACAACUGUCAAAAACCAUUCUUUAAGAAUCCCGGAGUUUUUUACUCUAUCUUUCAUACUACAGGAAUUCCCUAUAGUUCAUCGAUUCCUUUGUGAUUCGAGGAUACUCACUGAGCAUCUCUUUCUUUUGUUUUAACGAACGAUAUUUUUUGAACGACUUUAAAAUUUUGCAAAAUGAGCAAGGCUAUUGGUAUUGAUUUGGGUACCACCUACUCCUGUGUUGGUCACUUCGCCAACAACCGCGUUGAGAUUAUUGCCAACGACCAAGGUAACCGUACCACCCCUUCCUAUGUCGCUUUCACCGACACUGAGCGUCUCAUUGGUGACGCUGCCAAGAACCAGGUCGCUAUGAACCCCUUCAACACCAUCUUCGACGCUAAGCGUUUGAUCGGUCGCAAGUUCUCCGACCCCGAGGUCCAAUCUGAUAUGAAGCACUGGCCCUUCAAGGUCAUCGACAAGGACGGCAAGCCCCUCCUCCAAGUCGAGUUCAAGGGUGAGACCAAGACCUUCACUCCCGAGGAGGUCUCCUCCAUGGUCUUGACCAAGAUGCGCGAGACCGCUGAGGCCUACUUGGGCGGCAAGGUCACCGACGCUGUCAUCACUGUCCCUGCUUACUUCAACGACUCUCAACGUCAAGCCACCAAGGAUGCCGGUCUCAUUGCCGGUAUGAACGUUCUCCGUAUCAUCAACGAGCCCACUGCCGCUGCUAUUGCCUACGGUUUGGACCGCAAGAACGAGGGCGAGACCAACGUUCUUAUUUUCGAUCUCGGUGGUGGUACCUUCGAUGUCUCUCUUUUGACCAUUGAGGACGGUAUCUUCGAGGUCAAGGCCACUGCUGGUGACACUCACUUGGGUGGUGAGGACUUCGACUCUCGUCUUGUCAACCACUUUGUCCAAGAGUUCAAGCGCAAGUUCAAGAAGGACAUCACUGGCAACGCCCGUGCUCUCCGUCGUCUUCGUACUGCUUGCGAGCGUGCCAAGCGUACUCUUUCCUCCUCUGCCCAAGCCAGCAUUGAGAUCGACUCUUUGUACGAGGGUAUUGACUUCUACACCUCUAUCACUCGUGCUCGUUUCGAGGAGCUUUGUGCUGACUUGUUCCGUGGCACCAUGGAGCCUGUCGAGAAGGUCCUUCGUGACUCCAAGAUCGACAAGUCUUCCGUCCACGAGAUUGUCUUGGUCGGUGGUUCCACUCGUAUCCCCCGUGUCCAAAAGCUUGUCUCUGACUUCUUCAACGGUAAGGAGCCCUGCAAGUCCAUCAACCCCGAUGAGGCUGUUGCCUACGGUGCUGCUGUCCAAGCUGCCAUUCUUACUGGUGACACUUCUGAGAAGACUCAAGACCUUCUUCUUCUUGAUGUCGCUCCCCUUUCUCUCGGUAUCGAGACCGCUGGCGGUGUCAUGACUCCUCUUAUUAAGCGUAACACUACCAUUCCCACCAAGAAGUCUGAGAUCUUCUCUACCUAUGCUGACAACCAGCCCGGUGUUUUGAUCCAAGUCUACGAGGGUGAGCGUGCCCGCACCAAGGACUGCAACCUUUUGGGUAAGUUCGAGCUUUCCGGCAUCCCCCCCGCACCUCGUGGUGUUCCUCAAAUUGAGGUCACCUUCGAUGUCGAUGCCAACGGUAUCUUGAACGUCUCCGCUUUGGAGAAGGGUACUGGUAAGAGCCAAAAGAUUACCAUUACCAACGACAAGGGCCGUCUCUCCAAGGAGGAGAUCGAGCGCAUGGUUGCCGAGGCUGAGAAGUACAAGGCCGAGGAUGAGGCCGAGGCCUCCCGUAUCCAAGCCAAGAACCACUUGGAGUCCUACGCUUACAGCCUCCGUAACACCUUGGAGGACAACAACAUCAAGGACAAGGUUGAUGCUUCUGACAAGGAGACCAUUGAGAAGCACGUCAAGGAGGCCAUUGAGUGGCUCGACAGCAACCAAACCGCCACUAAGGAGGAGUUCGAGGCCAAGCAAAAGGAGCUCGAGGGUGUUGCUAACCCCAUCAUGGCUAAGAUCUACCAAGCUGGUGCUGGUGCUGCUCCCGGUGGUAUGCCUGGUGCCGCUCCUGGCGCUGCCCCUGGUGCUGCUCCCGACAACGGUCCUGAGGUUGAGGAGGUCGACUAAACGAGGUCCACUUGAUUUUUGGAAAAAUGUUUUUGCGUUGUUUGGUAUUCCCCUUAAAACUGUACAAUAAUAGAUGAAUUCAGGGUAACAGUUGCAUUGGGUAUUAUUAAUAUUGCAUAAACAUGCUUGUGAGGAA